AACGAGCUAUCUAUAGUUUACUGCUGACUACUUUCACUUUCACAACAUGUGGCGACAUUGUCGACAAUCUCUUGUAUUAUGCAAUGCUUGCAAUAGAUUUAAACAUGUCUCCCAACGCCAUUUUCUAUCCAGAGAAUAUGCAAUGCAAGAUACUUGGGAGAACAGAUGGCCAUCUACAGUGGAAAAUGUCCCAUUUGGUCGAUUAUCAGUAAAAAUGGUUGAAAACUUUGAGAAAUUUGGUCGAAGUAGCCUUAUAGACAUGGAAAUGUUUGUAAACAGCUUGAAGAAUAUUUCUCCAGAGAAUAUGGAGCUUGUAGAAGACAUCAUGUACAGGUUUAGACAUUCAGACGAUGCUUACCCAGUCCGAGACUCCAUUGUGAAUGCUAUUGUUAGAUCCUACAUAGAUUUGGACAUUGCACAACGCCUUGUGCCUCUCAUCAAAGACAAGCUGGGCUAUGGCCUACUUCUGGAUUUUUAUACAGCCAACCUGUUGAUGAGCCAUUUUCUACAGAAGAACUUAAUACAAGAGGCAGCCGAAGUUGCUUAUGAAAUGAUGUUCCAAGAAGACACAAGUCAUGCUCUUACAAACUGUCUGUCGUUGUACUGCUGUAUAAAACGUUUACAAGACAUUGCAGACAUUCAACCAGAAGAAGACCCAGUUCUCACUGCUGAGGAUGAAGAGUGGGUAAGAGUGAAAAUUGUGCAUCGCCCCGUGUAUGACGAUCAUUUUGAUAUCCAGAAAGAACAUUUCAGACUAGGAAAAUCUUUGCAUUUUCUCGGAAAAGCAAAUGUGAUAUGUGAUGAAAACUCUUCUAAGAAAGACUUAAUAAGUCAAUCUCUACAGUUCGUGGGUCUGGGUCUUUAUAACAAGUUCAACAAAGCCCUGGAUUUACUGGAAAGCUGGAUAGCAGAGGGCAAAACAACUAAAGCACCUGUUUUAUGCCAAAGUCAGAUUGAGACAUUUAGAAACCAUUUAGACUGGAGCCCCACCAGAGACCCAGAAGAGGAAGAAUUAGAUCUCGGACAACAGACCAUCGAAUACCAGGCCAGGAAACUGUACCUUACAGAGGAAGAGAAAGCAGCCUGUAUAGAAAGGUUUGAGAAACUUGUGGAGGAACUUAAAUCCUUUGAUGGGAUAACAGACGAUGAUAUAUAUACCUACAUUUUGAAUAACAUCAAAGGACAAAUCCCAGAUUUACAGAAACAAGAUAUUGAUACCCAGAAACAGAAAUAUCAGAUAUGGAAAACAGAGAUGGCAGAUCUGUAUAAAAAAGAAAUGAGAGAAGAAGAGAGGAGAAGAAAACAAGAGGAAAUUCAGGUUAAAAUGGCCGAAUUAGCCGAGAAGGAGGAGUUAAUAUUGUCACACGAGAGGAAGAGACAGAUACUGCUCGCUCGACACAGAGUUCCAAAAGAGAGAGUGUUAAAGAAGAAGGUGGAGCUGGAUGAAGAUGAACUAGAAGACAGGAUGAAGGCUAGUAGGGCACUCAUCAAGAAGAAGAAGUAAGCCAAGAUAUGUGGUCAGAAAAUAGAAGAGACUCGUGUAGAAAUUGACUGGUAGCAUAAGCUUCAGAUGAGAGUUUUCAUUGACAGAGGAAAACAUAUAUAAAUGACAUUGCCCACGACCUUUCAUUUGAAAUUUGAUUAUUGCAUGUACAUUGUAUCUCGAUGUUAAGAAGAAAGUAAAGGUGAACUUCUGAUAAGAGACAAUCAAGUUUCCAAAGGAGUCACUAACAUUAUACAAUUUUGAUUGUUGAAGGUUUGCAAAAUCCUCAUGUGUAAUAAAUGCUAGAGACUGG